CAUCUCGCUCAAUUGGCCUCGCUCCUUCCCCUCCCAUGGCGUCGCUCUCUUUCUCACUCUCCUAUGAAAGAGAAGAUAGAUCUUAUUUACCCACUUCUUAAAUAAAACUGUCCGGCUCUUUAGUUUAAAAAAAAGGGAACACAAGAUCGGGAAACUCGGCAAAGAUCGCCACCAUUUAUCGUCUCUCCCCGAUCCAAGAAGGCAUCUCUCUCAGUUCCCGUCUUCGAAGCUCGCCGGCCGACGCACGGAAGCAACCGAGUACACAAAUCCACAUCCACAGUCUCUCGGAUUCCCAGGGAAAGAGGCGAGAGAGGGAAACAAUUUGUGAUCUUUUUUUUGUUCAUUAAUUGAGGAAAAGUUCCAAGCUUGGAUCCAAUUCAAUAAAAGGGGAUCGGGCGGUUUUCGGGUUUGUUGCUUGGUCCCUUUCAGAAGCAACUGAAUUGGGGGAUGUUUUCCCCUAUUUGGGCAAGUUUUCUUCUGGAUUCGGAAAUGCAACAAUGACUUCUGGUUGGUCCAAAGGCUCUGCUACCAUGGCAGCUUCUGCUGCAUUCCCAAGAUCUCUUGCUUACAUCACUGCAUCAGUGGCAGGGCUUGCUGUGUUUUUGUUCUUAGCUUCGUUGCUCUUGGUCUCGAAUCCGUUAUCUUCUACAGUUCAGGGAUACUUUUACAAGGUUGAUACACCGAAAGUGAUUAUUCCUCCAGUUAUUCCACAGAAUAAAAAAGAUAGUUAUAGUAAUGUAGACGUUGGUGAUCGUAAGAGCCCGCCAUCUGGGUCUGAUUUUGAAGUAAAACCCACGAGUUUGAGCGGUGUUAAUGGUAGUGUAAGCGAGAGUGUGAGGUAUUCUUCGCCAUCUGGUUCGGAGUCAAAUGUGGAUGUCCCUGAUAGUAAUAAAGAGCGAAAAGAGGAGUCCGUGAAGGAAGAUGUUCAUGUCCAAGUUCCGGCUGGUAAUGAGGAAGCAAAAGAGGAUCCCGGGAAGAAAGAUCGUCUGGCUGACACGAAGGAUUUGGGUAUUAAGAAUCCUGCUAUUGUAGAUGCAUCUACUAAUAAAGAAGCGAAAGUGGAGCCCGAGAAGAAAGAUCGUCUGGAUGACACAAAGGAUUUGGGUAUUAAGAAUUUUGCUAGUGUAGAAGCAGCUACUAAUAAAGAAGCGAAAGUGGAGCCCGAGAAGAAAGAUCGUCUGGCUGACACGAAGGAUUUAGGAAUCAAGAACCCUGCUAUUGUUGAUGAAGAAGUAUCCAAGGGUGCAAAAGUUGCAGAGGCUAGCUCUGUCCCAUCUGCUGCAGAUCCCAAAUUGAAGAGCGGGGGAGAAAUAUCUGCUGCAUCUAGCAAAGAGGUUACAACAGGAAAUGGUUCAGAUGAUUCAGGAUGUGAUCUCUUUAAGGGAACUUGGUUUUACGACCCACGUGGGCCCUUAUACACGAACAAUAGCUGCCCGGUCAUCACACAGAUGCAGAACUGCCAAGGAAAUGGAAGACCCGAUAAAGAGUACGAGAGUUAUCGGUGGAAACCAUCGCAAUGUGACCUCCCUCGUUUCGACGCCAAAAAGUUCCUCGAACUGAUGAGAGGAAAAACCCUAGCUUUCAUUGGUGAUUCAGUGGCUCGAAACCAAAUGGAAUCAUUGCUCUGUCUUCUCUGGCAGGCAAGUAAAUUGUUUGUGGAAGUUCCAAAAAACAGAGGGAACAAAAGAAUGCACCGAUACUACUUCAGAUCGACAUCUACCAUGAUCGUCCGAAUGUGGUCCUCGUGGCUCGUCCAUCAAACUCCAGAAGCCAUAGACUUUGCUCCGGAGGGUGUCACAAAGGUCCACCUCGACUCUCCGGAUGAGAACUUUAUGGAAUUCGUCCCAACCUUCGAUGUAGUUGUUCUUUCCUCGGGUCACUGGUUCGCCAAGCAAUCCGUCUACGUGUUGAACAACGAAAUCGUGGGAGGACAGCUGUGGUGGCCUGACAAGUCUCGGGAAGCUAAAAUCAACAACAUCGAGGCUUUCGGGGUAUCAGUAGAGACCAUUGUGGCUUCGAUGCUUACGCACCCAAAUUUCACUGGGUUGACCAUCCUGCGGUCAUAUUCACCCGACCACUACGAGGGUGGGGCCUGGAACACUGGUGGCUCCUGCACUGGGAAGACGAGGCCUCUGGAGCCUGAACAGCUGGUGAAGAAUGAUUACACCGACAUAAUGCACGAGAAGCAAAUGACAGGGUUUCGUCGUGGGAUCACGAAGAAGACGAAUAAAUCAAAGUUUGUAAUGAUGGACAUUACUGGAGUGUUCAGUUAUCGGCAUGAUGGGCAUCCGGGGCCAUACCGGAGUCUUGAUCCAAACAAGAGGACUCAAUUUGGCCCGGAUGGAAAGCCUCCCCCGCAGGAUUGUUUGCACUGGUGCAUGCCUGGUCCAAUCGAUACGUGGAAUGAACUCGUGCUCGAGAUCAUAAGGAGAGAACAUGAAGGCAAAAAGAGCUCCUCAUCUUGAGGAGGAGAUGCCAGUUGAAAGGGAAAGAGGCCGGUCAACCAGCGGGACUUAACUUAUAUUGUAGAAUGAGGAUGAAGAGUGGAUGAGAAAUCUCAUGCCCAAGCUGCCCAGCAUCAUGUUAGGGGCUAUACUUUGCUUGUCCUUUACUCCUUAGAAAGACCCAAAUAAAAAAUUCUCAAAAUUUUUAUAUUAUAUGAUGAAAGUACCAAUUUGUUCUAUAACUUUCUGCCUGUCAUUCUUAACCAGGUACCUGCUGUUCCAUUUCCUGCUGCAGUUUUAUUUCUUCCCUUUGUUUACUGAUCCUUUUUGACCAACUGGCCACUGAUCUUCUGAUUAGUUUUGCUGGAUUUUGGCUAUGCUGCCCACGCAGGGAGCGAUUAAAGCGCGCUGACAUUGUGGAACGCCCUCCUGCGCGUUCUUAGCUGUUGGAUCGAGCAUUAUGCUUACUUAUCUUCCUUGUUGAUGAGCUUAUUACUAUCACUAGAGUUUGGCUUAUGCCACCAUGUCGAAUCCAAUGGCUGGGAACACAAGGGGAUGGCCAUCCUAUGGCAUCAGCACAGUAGCUCGAUUGGUCUGAUAUUUUAUGGCGUUUUCCUGAAACAUAGGAAACUUCAUGG